AAAUCUGAAUGAGCCGCACAGCAAUGGGGAUCACUAUGGACUGGGGCUCAAACAUCUCUCAACAACGCGUUUGACAGAGACAGAGAGAGGGAAAGAGAGAAAAGCAACCCAGCCUGUUUUUAUUAUUUUUUUUAUGAUUGUUAUUUAUUUUUAAAAACUGACAAUAUUUGGGACGCAACUGGUAACCGUUAUAGGAUAACAACAAACGCCUGCUUUAAAUUUGCAUCUUUGAUUUGGAAACCAAGGGGAGCCUGUGUUUAGGGAUUACUGCACACUCUUUCUGAAGACGGAUUACCUUGUCACACUGAGAGCAGGAACAAGUAACUCAGAGGUCUCUUCAGCAGCUCAUCACCACAACAUGUGCUGUCAAUCUUUUUCUAGAUGGAGGUAGCCCCGCUGAGCGCUCCAUCGCCCUUGUCGAUCCAUGUGGCUGUCCUAGAACCAUGCUGUGACCCUUGUUUGAUGUCUUCAUUGCUCUAGUUACUGACACACACAAAGCCGGUGACAGGCUUUGACCCUGAAGCUUUGACAUUGCUGUAGUACAAUGACCUCGGAGGUGCAGGUGACCUGAAAGUAAGGAUUAGCCCACCCCGGCUCUAGUCUCUACCGCGGCUGGGACCAUGCUGUUCUAAAAGUGGAUUCUCGGCGACCAUGAAAGGGUUAGGAGCCAACCGCAGCCGCCACCUGUCCGACAGCUGCGAUCCGUCUGCGGGCCACCAGGAACUCAUGUACCCCUCGUCAGCGGACCCUCGCAGCCCCUACCUGCUGAGCCCAAACAUGGACCACUAUGGGGGAUUGGACCCCUCGCACCACUUCCCCCCUCCCACCCCAAACUCCCUGACAUCCGACUACCUGCUGCCUCUCAACAACCAGAUCUCCAACAGCAGCACCUUCCCACGGAUCCACUACAACUCCCACUUUGACACUCGGCAGCCAGACCUGACCCCGGGAGGAGGAAGCAUCGGAGGCAUCAGCACCGGCACCACCCUGGGCACCUCCAUGUCUAUGGGCAUGGCCGGGAGAGGCAUGACCGGGAGAGGCAUGAUCACCAGCGGCUCGGCGACCAUCUCGGCCGGCAGCAAGAUGAACCGGCUGCCACCCAACCUGCUGGACCAGUUUGAGAAGCAGCUUCCCAUCCACCGGGAUGGCUUCAGCACGCUGCAAUUCCACCGUGGAGCGGCUUCCAAGCAGCGCAGCGACAGCCCGGGCCGCAUCCGCUACCUGGUGAACUCUGUCCAAAAGCUGUUCGCCAAGUCUCAGUCCCUGGAAGGCUCCGCCAAGGGCAGCCUCAACGGGCGCUUCUCCAACAGCAGUGGCAGCGAGGACCCCAAACACAACCGGCGCAGCAAGAGCAAGGACCGGGCCAAGACGGAGAGCAGCAAGCAGCGCGUGCGCUCCAACAUAUCAGGCUUCUGGAGCUCCGACGAUAACCUCGACGGGGACGCCAGCAGCUACCGCCAGCCCACGGCCCCUAUGACUCUUGGCAGGUGCCAGCCGGACCACCAGGGGCCGUCCAAGUACUUCAUGCACGCUUACAACACCAUCAGCGAGCACACGCUCAAGACCUCCAAGAGCAGCAACGACCUCAAGUUCCAAGCCUGCCCUACCCUGCCGGGGCCUGGAGGAGGUGGAGGUGGGGGAGUGGAGGACAGCAGGCAUGUGAAGCGUGGCUCGUGGUCCACACUCACACUCAGCCAGGCACAGCAGGUCUGCCAAAAGGGCUCGGCCACCAUUGACAGAGCUAUGCUCAAGUCCAAGUCCUGUCAUCAAGACCUGGCCUGUCAAUACCUGCAGCUGGUGUCCCCACAGGUGCCUGCAGGGGAGUGGAACAGCACACUAUCGCGGGACCGGACUGGUGGCUCCAGCCAGAUCCCGUGUCGACGGAUGCGCAGCGGCAGCUAUAUCAAGGCAAUGGCGGACGAGGACAGUGAGGACUCUGAGGGGAGCCCCAAGCCCUCCCCAAAAACAGCUGCCCGCAGACAGAGCUAUCUGAAAGCUACGCAGCAGUCCCUGAGCGAGCAGCUCCCCCCACGCAAAUCCCUGGGCAGCAUGUCCUUACAAGGGGAUAUCGAGGUGCUGUGGUCACCCCAACAGAGCGGGCUCUCGCUCUACAGCAGCUGUCUCCCUUCUCUGAGGGAGAUGUCGAACAAUCGCAGCCUGGAUAACCUGGACUGUAUCGGGGUCCCGUCAGGUUCCACCUACCAGUGCUGGGAAGAUGAGGACUUCAGCCAGGCCAGCAACACUUUGGGCAAGAACAGCUGCAUCAGCCAGAGUUGCAUUAGCCAGGUGCAGGAGCUGGAGGUCCACAGUCAGUACGAAGAAAUGUGCGAGUCAGUCUUCAGUGAAAUGGACUCCCAGGCAGUGGAGGCCCUGGACUUGCCCCUGCCCACCUGCUUUCGAUCCCGGAGCCACAGCUACCUCCGCGCCAUCCAGGCAGGCUGCUCCCAGGAUGAUGACAUGACCUCCAUCAGCUCCGAGUCGCCCCCGCCCAUCUCCACCGUCCGCACCUUCAGCACCAGCACCAGCUCCACAUGUAUAACGACCUAUAAGAAGACGCCCCCUCCCGUGCCCCCUCGCACCACCUCCAAACCUUUCAUCUCGGUGACAGUGCAGAGCAGUACCGAGUCAGCCCAGGACAUCUACCUGGACAACCAGGACCGCAAGAGCGAGGCCAACAGCCAAUCAGGGCUCAGCAACUCGUCUGACAGCCUCGACAGCACACGGGCCAACAGCCUGGCUAAGGGCAGGCAGGCCACUCCCCCUGUCGCCACCCCCCGAGAGGUCCCGCCCCACAACAACCCCGCCCUCACAGCCCCCAGAGACACCCAGUAUGACACCCUAAAGACUGACAAGGGGACCCUGACCACUGAGGAGCCCAGAGCUGAGCUUGUUCCCAAGAGGAAGCUCUCCUCCAUCGGCAUACAGGUGGACUGCAUUCAGCAAGUCCAGAGAGAGGAACUCCCGCCCUUAACCAGGUUCCAGUCAAUCGGAGUGCAGGUGGAAGACAGCUGGCAGCUAAGCCGCUCCAGCAGCAUGACAUCCAAGCAGGAGACAGACUCCGACAUGCAGAACCUCAGCAAUUCCAAGCCCUCUGACAAAGGGACGGGCACCAACAGCCAAUCGGUGGAGUGUUCCACGCAUCCCCAAGGCAACGGCGAGGGAGGGGGCGGGGCUGGGACCACGCGGCAGCUGUCCAAUUGUAUGGGCACGCGGAGCAGCAGCUCCUCCUUCUCGGAGAGUCUGGACCCCGCCCUAGACCCCUCGUCCCUGCCUCCGCCGGACCCCUGGCUGGAGACGGUGAGCAGCGGCGCCCCCUGUGGGCCGGCUCAGCCCGGCGCACCCGCCUGCCGCCGAGACGGCUACUGGUUCCUCAAGCUGCUGCAGGCAGAGGCCGAGCGCAUGGAGGGGUGGUGCCAGCAGAUGGACCAGGAGACUAAAGAGAACCAGCUCUCCGAGGAAGUCCUGGGGAAGAUCCGCAGCGCAGUGGGCAGUGCACAGCUUCUCAUAUCGAAGAAAUUCCAGCAGUUCAGAGGGCUGUGUGAACAAAACAUGAAUGUGAACGCAAACCCGCGGCCCACCGCACAGGACCUGGCCGGUUUCUGGGACCUGCUCCAGCUCUCCAUCGAGGACAUCAGCAUGAAGUUCGACGAGCUCUACCACCUGAAGACCAACGACUGGCAGCUUGUCGAGUCGCCGGACAGGAAGGAAGGGAAGAAGCAGCCCCCCCCAGUGCCAAAGAAACCCUCCAAGCCGAAGCCAGCAGCUAGCCGGGAGAAGGGAGACUCGUCGGCGGACAAGCAGAGGCAGGAGGCUCGCAAGCGGCUGAUGGCAGCCAAGCGGGCGGCAUCCGUGCGGCAGAACUCUGCUACGGAGAGCGCCGACAGCAUCGAGAUCUACGUUCCCGAGGCACAGACCCGUCUCUGAGCCCCGCCCCUGCAACGCGAACCCACCAACGAGCCAGCGAUCGGCUACCGAUGGAACCGAGGGGGAGGCUGGACCUCGUGGCAGCAAAAAAAAUAAAUAAUAAUAAUUAUAUAUAGAGGACAUUUAAAAACAGAUUGUGGCUCUCCUGUCAUGAAGCUGCCAUGAAAACCUCAACAGACUUCAUUAUUAUAUCUGCUAAACUAAACUAUGAUAUCGAACUGUCUUAAUGUUAUAAUAUCUCGGAUAAGAGUUCUUCUACUGCUCAGACUUAAGCAUCCCCCCCCCCCCCCCCGUGCACGCCUGUACCUGUCGACCCGCUCCCUCACCACACACUCCUCCACCACUAUCCACAGUCCCCUCCAGGUCUUCCCAUUACUUUGUGUUUCCGCUGACAGUCUUUACGCACACCCUCUGCCAACCUGCAAACCCGGAUAAGGUAGUUUUUAGUUUCUUUAAAGCGUUUAGGUUUUUUUUGAGUGGAACUGAAAGAGGUCAGGAACAGCAGAAAUGUACAAGAUCAGGACUUGGGUCUGAAUUUAUCACAGUGGAAUCAUCACUCCGCCUUUUUUUAGUUGUUUUCUUUACCAGUUGGACUUUGUUCUUUGUGUCUCGUGAGUACCCGCGACUGCCUCCCCAUCCGUCACCACAUUGCGUACAAAGGCGGUGUGCUGUCCUGUAUUUACUUUGUGUUCUGUAGUUUAUCCACACUCACUCACACACACACUUAACCGUCUCAAAUCUAAAUACAGUGAGAUGGAAUGCAAAAGGCCAGUGCUGGAGUGUUCUAGUCCAGCAUGUUUUUUUUUUUAUUCUGCAGAGGCAUGAGCUUAGGUCUAGCAUGACCUUCGCUUGGUGCACCUGGUUUUUAUUAUUAUGUUAUGGGCCAUAGCCAGUUAUGUAUACAGAAUGCACUGUACGUGUGUUUUGUAACGUAUAGAAAAUGCAUUUUCUAUGCAUGUGUGGCUCUCUGUCAUAUUACCAGACCUGCUCUUUUCAUGCCCCCCUCGGGUCAUAAAUUGCAAUUUGGCAAGAAUGGAAUUUUCGCUGUAGUGUAGAGUGAAUAAUGGUUAUUACAAAUGUGCUAAAUUACUGUGGGGAGGAAAAAAAAAACAGCUUUGACAAGAGCAGAUUUGGUACACGUGUCUGAGAGAGGUGGUCAGCAAUACAUGCAGUCAAGUCAAAGGACAUUUGUCUAUUUGAAGAUUAUCCUUGCCUGGCAGGUUUCGUAUGGUUCUUUGAUUUCCUGGAUUUCUUUUUCCCUGGCUGUAUUAAUAGAAACCGUAUUAAACAUCCUGGAACAAACUGCAGCGCAGUCAUGAGGCACAAACUCGCUGUGCAAUGCUAGACUCCAUUUGUGCUCUUCAUGAGUGUGUAUGUGGGCUGAGAAAUACACUGUUUAAUUAGACCGCUGCUUUAAGAGUAAACGUUUUAAAUAUACAAUGUGAAUGUCUGUACAUACAAUAUUUAAAAUGUUCCCGUUUUCAAACCUGCACCAGAGGAAAUCCUUAGGAAAUAUACAAGACUUUGCCAGCCAGGAAUAACCUUCAAGGACUAAGACACUCCUGUCUGUGUGUGAGUUUGCAUACUGUAUGCUGUUGGUAUUUUUAAUAAAUGUCAUGUGACCACUAGUCAAGCCUAGCUGGAGUUUCCUGUGGAGAUUGCUCCCCCUGCUGGCUAUCCAUCAGCACUGUGCUUGAACCUCCCUGUUCUGUGCUGAAAUUCUCAAUAAAGGGGAAACGCUAUAGGCUUUUUAACCCUUGUAAUGCAUGGCGACCUCGUAUGUGGAUGGAUAAAAAAUUUAAAAAAAUUCUAGUCUUUUAUAUGGGAGACGCAAAUGCUUUGAGGAUGACAUUUUUUGCCCAUAUAAAGCUUUUGCCGUUUUCACUAUGUCAUGCAUGAGAGGGUUAAUAAGCUUUUUUUUUUUUUUUUUUUUUUUUAGUGACUUUUAGUUUGCUAAGUAAGUUGUUUGAAAAUAUAACAAAGGCCACACUGAAGUUUUCUGCUUCAGUAUUGCAAGUUGUUUUUUUCUGAAGGCCUACAGCGUGGGAGCUGUAUUCAUUGUAUUUAACUGACAGAGACCGCUUUGGAAAGUCCUACAUGGACCGUGAUUAGCACUAGUCUUGGAUUACCGUGCAGUCUUGUUCCUUGUAAGACAUGUUGUUCAUUUCAUUGUUUUUUUUUUUGUGUUUUUAAUAAGAAGCCAUCCGUUUUAUUAUUAUUUUGAGAAAUAAGCCUCAGAAUUGGCAUAUGUUAUAUUCACCUCUGCUGGUAUGAUAGUUGACAGCUUUUUUUUUUUAAUGAAGGACUGAAAGAAUCAACAACAGCCACCCCCCCUCCCCCAGACAGUGGCAGCAGCAGCUUCAAAGAGCCGCUGGAAGUCAUUACUGAGGCGUUCAGCACAGUGCAUGGGAGGCUUUUUGAUGUAUCAUUCCUGUUGGUUUCUUGCUAUGGGUAGUCUUUGUGAUGUUUAAAUGAGACAGAUUGUAUACUCCUGUGGAAACCCAGCAGCUUUAGCUUGAAGCAGAAGGAGGGGUGUUGAACCCUCUCAGAACAGCUUUUUGCUCUAACCAGAUCCUAAUAUAACCAGACCCAUGAACCAAAACGACUGUAACCCACUGCCGUGAGCCCUGGAGAUCAAUCCAGUGCCAGUGUUUAAUUGUUCAGUUCUACCACGAAACAUGACUCCUGGAAUGUGCUUAGCAGCCUGGAGUGCACACAGCCGCUAGUACAGCCUCAGUGGCUUGUGUGCACUGGAAAACAAUGCAGAUUUAAAAAACACAACGUGUGAACAUUGGGACAACAAAAAUAUGAACUGGAUUAGCCCCUAGGAUAUGAAUUGAUAAAGUACUGUAAAGCAGUGCACAGUUAUAAGUGCACAGGACCUGGUUGGAACAAAACCCUAAGUUGGCCUCUGGGAGGUUUUACAUGUCGGUUCUCUGCUUUAUUAUGCAGUGAAGGCCGUAUUCCAGCUUCCAUUCAAACAGUAGGGAGGAGGAUGUCUGUGUGUUGUAUAUGUCCGCCUGUGAAUUAAAGGGUUAAAUGAACAGCCAACCCAGAGUACUUUUGAAGUCGGCUGAAGAAACAAAACAAACGGUGUCCUGAAUGCCUGAUAUGUGUCCUUACGGUAUUAGUCUAUUCUAAUGUGGAAGCUGUGAAGUUGCUGGGUUUAGUUUCAAAUCUGCUGGAGGAAUAGGGAUAGACAGACCUGGAUUGAGGUGCAUUGCAUGUUUUACAGGGAGUGGCUCCCAUCCUGCUCCACUCGCCACUUCAUCAUAACAACAUUACACAGAUGUCAUUGUGCAGCUCCUGCAUCUGUUCACAUUGAAGGAAAUUCCACUGAUUUUAUUGCAGCACUGAACAACACUUUAAACACAGUUCAAAAGGGACCAGAAGUAUUAGCCCCGAUACCAACUGAUAAUACCAUGUCCUUCAAAAAAACAAUGCAACUUUUUUCAGCUGGUGUAUUUUGACUUUUUCAUUCCCUUCCGGUGUCCGGUUGGUAUUUGUUUUCAGUGUAUUGUUCCCACUAUACUUGAACAAGCUGGUACGACACCCCUGCCUCUUGGUCUCACUGUGCAGGGAGGGGUAAGCGCCACACAUACACUGACAGAGAACUCCAGCCUGGUCUCUCCUGACUGCUUCAGAACAAAGCACUUGUAUUUAACUAGAAUGCGUGAACUGCAAGGGGGGAUGGGAUAGUAUAUAGACUGUUGCACUGAAGAAACUAAUCCCAGGCUUAAUCAAAUAGCAGUCAUUGGCUCCCUCACAAGUGCCUGUGUGACAGGUAUUUUUAUUGCAUAGUGAACUACCCUGCAGCAUGUCAACACAUAUUAAAUCAUUAUUUAUCAUACUAGAGAGGAACAACAGAGCCGUCUAGUGGCUACAAGUGUAGCAGUCAAUGUAUUUAUUGCUUAAUGCAGGAGUGCUUGCUUUUUUUAUGUUCCUGAACUCCUGCCUGCCUUUCCUAAAUGGUUGCUUUGAUUCCACACCAGUCAGGAGAGCGCUGCGCUGGGCGUGUCAGAGUGCGAGUGUAAAUGUUCAAGUAAAGGGGCUGACAGGUGGCAGUUUAGCUGUCUGUGCAGGACGGGGAUUGGGAUUGAGACUGGGGAGGGAAUCCCUUCAUUUAAAUGUAAAACAGCACAGACUUUAAACCUGAGGUUAGCUUUUAAAGUGAUGCAGAACUUUGCUUUUUUUUUAUAAUAAACUCAGUAGUUUAAAAUCAAACUGCUUGCAGUGAAUAUUUAUAUGUUGCAGUCUGGAAAUAACAAUCAGGACAGUCAAGGUGUGGUGUUUGUUUAUUUAUUUAUUUAUUUUUUUUUUUUUAUUGGUUUCCCCCACUAUGGUGACCUUGAUAUAUGAAUAUCCACUAACAUCCAAGUUUUUUUUUUUGUUUUUUUUUUAAAGGAACUAUAACAAGAAAACAGAUUGCACAGUGGUGUGUUUUUUUAAAAAAGGUUCUGUGGCACUUUAACUUUCAGUUUAUGGACGAGUGACCUAUCUAUUUGAGGUAGUGCUCCAGUCUGGGUUGAAACUGAAAUCAUAAACUGAUCUCUUUAGUAAGAACCUGAACCGGGUCUGUCCAGGUUCUAAUAAUACAAUACCAAACCACAUAAAAAGCAGCCAUUUGACUUGCACAGGUAUCUUUUCUGUCAUGUGUGUGUUGAAUUUGAAAGUGUGUAUUUAAUAGCAAGAAGUCUACAUUUAGUUGUUUUGUCACAAUAGAAUCUUAUGAAGUGAGUUGUCAGGGAGUUUGUUGCCACGGUGCCUGUAGUCAUGUAUUGUAUACAAGAGGGCUGAAUGAAUGUAUAUGCCAUUUCUUUUUAUCAUACAUUGUGCGCUGUUAUAAACCCUGUUCCGUUUCCUUUUGUAUGAGGGAUAUUAAUGAACAAGCUCAGAGUUCUUACUAAAGAGGUUCAGUAAAGGAGGGAAAGUUUUCACUAUUCCUUGUUGUGGAUUUGUGGUAUUAUUGGGGCCAUACAUUGGCUAAGGGGCGUGGUAUGUAGCUUUUAAGUGACCUAUCUGGACCUUCACUGGAAUGAGACCCACAGGUCACAGUUUGGUAGCCCAGCUUGCAUGGAAAUCUGUUCUGCCAGCCAGUCUGCCAUCCUGUCAUAUCUGCUUCAGAAUGCCUGUGUCCGACUUACCUGAUCCUUCUGCACUCCCGCCUGUAAACCAGAGCAAUAGAAAAUGAUGCGCUCCCUUUUCGUACGUUCCUUCAUUUAUUUCUUCUUCUUCUCGGUUCGAGCUGUCAGUGAUGUGCAGCGAGUAAAUUAACACUCUUGCUGCAAAGAGUUAGUAGCAAAAAAAUUCUAAAUAAUCAGAAUUUUACAAAACGAGCACAUUUUAUUGACUAAGGUUUGUUCAGUAUCUCUAAUGCUAUCCUAGUUAGACUGUUUAUCAUGUUUUGUUUUAGUUUUGUUUGUUUUUUUGGUAAAAGAAAAUGUACAAAUUCAGUGAGUGGAUAUUUUCAGCUCGCAGACCUAUCGAAACAAUUGUAAUAAAUUGGCUGUUGAAGCCGGGUCCAGUGAAGCAGAUGGAUUCUCGAGACUUGGUUCUUUCUUCUUUAGUAAGCAGCUGAGUUUGUUUAUUUUAUAAUAUUUAUGCUGAGUAUAUAUUGGAGGUAGUGGUGCGGUUUGGCAUGCAAAAAUAAGGAUCCGUACAUUUCUAUUGCAUAAUCUGGACUACAUUACUAUUGCAUAAAAUGUCUGUCUUGGCGAAUGUUUUACAGAAUUGCCUGUCUGCAAUAUUUAACCCCUGUAGAGCCAUCCCCUAGCUCACCCUGCUUCUUCACUCGGCCAGCAUGUAGCUGCUGCUCUGGCCGGUCACAGCUCAGAAAAAGGGAAGGGUGUUGAACAAUUCCUGAAAAUUGUAGCAAGCACAGGAGAUACAGUUUAAAGUGCAGUGUCUGACUUCGAGUUGUAAUGUGCACUGGAAAGCAAUGCAGAUUGAAAAUAAAUAUUUAGUCUCCAAAGCUGGAAUGCUGGGGCUGUUGGAGGCCUGCAGUCUGGGACCACUGGUUCACACAUUUGAUUUCUAGAAUAUUACAUCUGCAUACAAGUUCAGAAAUUAUAUUUAUUUUUUAAAUAACUUAUGAUUAAACUGCAACCUUGCUUAGCAGCUCUCAUGCCUGUGCACAAAUAGAAUCACCAGAACGAUACAUACCCAGAACGACAUGCAUGCAAGAUUUUGAUUCAAGCAGUAGUUCUGAAGUUUAAAGGCUACCCUUAUAGUCCAUGCACAUAGGUUAGCCCUUCCUGUCACUAAAGCCAGUCUGGAGAGCCUGUGUUAAUUCUUCUGUAAACAUCUGGAUAAACGCAAUGUGUGCCAGGAAAGAUGCAUACAAUUAAACCCCCUCGCAGACAAACAAAACAUCACAAGAAGCUGCUGUUAAAAGUGUAGACGUACUUUCUGAAGCCAAUGUUUGUACUGCAGGGUUUCAAAGUGUAUACCUCUCUAUAUUUACAAGAACUGCCUGGAACAGCAACAGUAAAGCUGUCCGCUAUGUGUACAGUUGUUACUGGUUUUGUUUUUAUGAUAUACAGUACUUCCCUAUUAUGUUUAAUAAACUGAGAUAGUCUAUCACACUGUUUUUCUAAAAAGGGGGGAAAACUGUCAAUAUUUAAAACUAAAAAAUAAACAACUUAGGAAGUUCAUUCAAGGGCUCUUACUUUACAUGCAACUAAGUUGUUUUUUAUAGUUUUGAACGUUGACAUGAUUUUUUUAAAUUUUUGUUUCCAUUCAAAAGAAACUGGACCAAACUUUUCAGUGGAGCGUGAGAUGCGUAGUCCAGUAUAAAGCGCCUCAAAAGACAUGUCAAAUGCGUUAGGCGCUAUGGAGGGAUCCACAGCCGCCUCGCUUUUGUUAAACUCGUUUUCAAUAAGCUGUUUGCGGGGUGAGAAUGAUUGGCUGUUCUAAUUUAACGCUGCUUUUACUUUAUGUAAAAAGAGGACAGGACACUAACUGAGCAAAAUCAACUGUCCGGUUUAAACCAUGGCUGUGACUGGAUAUGAUCGUGUGGCCAUCUGUUCAAUUAACUGUUCAAGUCAUAAUGAAGCUAUACAUAAUACACUUUAUGAAUUCAGUUUCUGGUGUACGCGUUUAGUUCAAACUUUUAACAAAAGGCUUAGCGUUAGGUCGUAGUAAUAUUACUCGCAAUGUGACUCUUGAGCCACGUUUGUAGCACUUUUCCUUCUAGUCUUUCGACGGCUGACUCUCAGUUCGUGAAUGCUGUCUCUGCGCGGAGCAACACGCCCUGAAUGUGUGGCGUGCAGUGUAGGUAUUUCACAUCACUUCCCUUUUCGCUGGCCCUGAACACAGUUAUAGAUAGCAGUGAGAAAUUCCGACCCGUCCGCGCAUUGCCAGACACUUCCCAUUAUUCUGCACAGCUUGAUUAACGGCUGCGGUGCAGAGAGGGGCAGUGUUUCCGGGGUUCACAACGGUUCAAUUUUAGUGCUAACCAGUGUCCAUUAAACCAGCGGGUUUACACUGGGACAAAUUCAUCAAGUGCAUAUACAAACAGAUAAGUGCAUACGUCUGUUUUGCUCUAUAUGGAGUACUUUCCUUCUUUGACUCUUGCAAUCUUUAUAUCUUUCACUGAAAGAAACUGACAGAACUUGUCAAAACACAGACCUUUAAAGCUACGGCAGCGUUAGAAAAAAAGGAUCUUAAUUUAUACAUGUUUUUUUCAUUGAGUGUGACACACAACUCUGUGUAUUAAGAGCAAAUACAUUAUAACCAUGAAAUGGAAUUAACUUAAACUACAUUUGUACCCCUCGCUGUGGAUGUCAGGCCACAGAUUCGCUGAAUUCUACAGUACAAUUGCAAUACCUUUUGAAUGACAUUUAGACCCGAGGCUUCGCUGAAACGAUACCCCUGGUGUGAGACACUGAGUAGACAGGGAACAAAGGGCUACCUGUAUUUGGUGGGACGGUGGGGGGUACAAACAUUGCAAUUGGGGGUUCUACAGUUACGAAGUGGGGCUUGGGAAUCCUCUGCUUCUGUGGAUCUGGUUCACCAUAGAUGUCUGUUAAGAUGAUAUUUAUACAGUUAUAACUAUUCUUAAAAAGAAAACGACUAAGAAAAAAUACAAUAAAACUUUGUGAAAUAAA